AUGGCGUCGACCUACGAUGUCGGCACCAAAGCUUGGCAGCCUGAUGCUGCCGAGGGUUGGGUCGCUUCCGAGCUGAUGAGCAAGACUGAGGAUGGCUCAAAGGUUAAACUAGAAUUCAAAUUGGAAAAUGGCGAGACAAAAACCAUUAUAGUCUCGACCGAGGCUCUUCAAACAGGCUCAGAUCCGGCCUUACCUCCUCUGAUGAACCCAACGAUGCUUGAAGCCAGCGACGACUUAACAAAUCUUUCGCAUCUGAACGAACCCGCUGUGUUACAAGCUAUUCGAUUGCGAUAUCUACAGAAAGAGAUAUACACAUACAGCGGUAUCGUUCUCAUUGCGACUAAUCCCUUUGCGCGUGUGGACUCGCUCUACGUUCCUGGCAUGGUACAGGUAUAUGCCGGCCGUCAUCGUGCAACUCAGGCGCCGCAUCUUUUUGCCAUUGCCGAGGAAGCCUUCAUGGACAUGGUGCGUGACAACAAGAAUCAAACGGUUGUUGUAUCUGGCGAAUCAGGUGCUGGGAAGACGGUCAGCGCCAAGUAUAUCAUGCGCUACUUCGCAACACGAGAAGCACCAGAUAACCCGGGAGCCCGUUCGAAACGUGGUACGGAAGCCAUGAGCGAGACCGAAGAGCAAAUUUUGGCGACGAAUCCGAUCAUGGAAGCAUUCGGCAACGCGAAGACGACUCGUAACGAUAACUCCUCCCGAUUCGGAAAAUACAUCGAGAUCAUGUUUGAUGAUAAGACAAAUAUAAUCGGUGCGAAAAUUCGAACGUAUCUCCUCGAGCGUUCACGUCUCGUGUUUCAACCGUCAAAGGAGAGAAAUUACCAUAUCUUCUAUCAGCUUGUCGCCGGUGCAUCGGACCGGGAACGCCAAGAGCUCAAUAUCCUAACAUUCGACAAAUUUGACUAUCUGAACCAGGGCGACUGCCCUACAAUCGAUGGUGUUGACGACAGAGCUGACUUUGAGGCGACUAAAAAGAGUUUGCAGACCAUUGGAGUUGCCCAAGAUCAACAAGCCUAUAUCUUCCGGCUUCUGGCUGGUUUACUCCAUCUCGGAAAUGUCAAGAUCACUGCCUCCAGAAAUGACAGUGUGCUCGCCCCGACAGAACCAUCUUUGGAGCUAGCUUGCAAGAUCCUAGGCAUCGAUGCGACUGAAUUUGCCAAGUGGAUUGUGAAAAAGCAGCUUAUUACACGAGGCGAGAAAAUCACUUCCAACUUGUCGCAAGCUCAGGCAGUUGUUGUCCGCGACUCUGUGGCCAAGUUUAUUUACUCCAGCUUAUUCGACUGGCUAGUCAACAUCAUUAACCACAGCUUGGCUACUCCUGAGGUGCUCGAUCGUGUUAAAAAUUUCAUUGGUGUCUUGGAUAUCUACGGAUUCGAGCAUUUUGCGAAAAAUUCCUUUGAACAGUUCUGUAUCAACUACGCAAACGAAAAGCUUCAGCAGGAAUUUAACCAGCAUGUCUUCAAACUUGAGCAAGAAGAAUAUCUCAGGGAGCAAAUAGAUUGGACCUUCAUUGACUUUUCCGACAAUCAGCCUUGCAUCGACUUGAUCGAAGGCAAGAUGGGUGUCCUCUCAUUGCUAGAUGAAGAGUCUAGACUUCCAAUGGGCAGCGACGAGAGUUUUGUUAACAAGCUAUAUCAGAACUUCAGCACCGACAAGCAGCACCAGUUCUUUAAAAAGCCCAGGUUCGGCAAAACCGCGUUCACGGUUUGUCAUUACGCCGUUGACGUCACGUACGAAUCCGAAGGCUUCAUCGAGAAGAAUCGAGACACCGUCCCAGAUGAGCACAUGACAGUUCUCCGCGCUACCAGCAACGCCUUCUUGCGAGAAGUUUUAGAUGCUGCUUCUGCCGUUCGCGAGAAGGAUGUCGCUUCUGCGUCUUCAAAUGCUGUGAAGCCAGCUGGCGGGCGUAAAAUUGGCGUAGCUGUCAAUCGAAAACCGACUCUUGGUGGUAUAUUCCGCUCUUCUUUGAUCGAGCUUAUGAAUACAAUCAACAACACGGACGUUCAUUACAUCAGAUGCAUCAAGCCAAACGAAGCCAAGGAAGCCUGGAAAUUUGAAGGCCCGAUGGUUCUCAGCCAGCUCCGCGCCUGCGGCGUACUGGAGACCGUUCGAAUCAGCUGUGCCGGCUAUCCUACACGAUGGACGUACGAGGAGUUUGCUCUACGCUACUACAUGCUUGUUCACUCCAGUCAAUGGACUGCUGAGAUUCGUCAAAUGGCAAAUGCAAUUCUAACAAAGGCUCUUGGCACCUCGACCGGCAAAGGACUUGAUAAGUACCAGCUAGGUUUGACGAAGAUAUUCUUCCGUGCCGGUAUGCUGGCGUUCUUGGAAGGCCUUCGCACCAACCGCUUGAACGAGUGUGCUGUGAUGAUCCAAAAGAACCUCAAGGCAAAGUACUACCGACGCCGCUUUCUGGACGCUCGGGAGGCUGUCAUCCGCACUCAAGCCGCCGCUAGGGCUUAUAUCGCAAGGAGAACAGCUCAACAACUUCGCACCAUCAGGGCAGCCACGACUAUCCAGCGAGUCUGGCGUGGCCAGAAACAGAGGAAAUUGUUUUUGCGCAUCAGAAAUGAUAUGGUCCUGUUCGAGUCUGUGGCCAAGGGCUUUCUCCGACGCAAGGCUAUCAUGGAAGCCCGUGUAGGUAAUGCUGCUCUCGUCAUCCAAAGAGCAUGGAGGUCGCGCCUUCAGAAGCGGUCUUGGAGAGAUUUUCGCAGGAAGGUUAUCAUGGUUCAAAAUCUCUGGCGUGGCAAACGUGCUCGCCGUGAGUAUAAGAAAGUCAGGGAAGAGGCUCGAGACCUCAAGCAAAUUUCGUACAAGCUUGAAAAUAAGGUUGUCGAACUUACCCAAUCAUUGGGUUCUAUGAAAGAAAAAAACAAGGGCCUUAUCUCGCAAGUUGAAAGCUAUGAGGCGCAGAUCAAGUCAUGGAAAAACCGCCACAACGCUCUUGAAGCUCGAACCAAAGAGCUGCAGACCGAAGCUAAUCAGGCCGGCAUUGCUGUAGCUCGCCUCGAGGCUAUGGAAGACGAGAUGAAGAAGCUCCAACAGGCGUUUGACGAAUCCACUGCCAAUAUCAAGCGGAUGCAGGAAGAGGAACGUGAACUUCGUGAGUCGCUCCGUGUGGCCAACUCGGAACUUGAAUCUGCAAAGCAAGUAGGUACCGAGAGGGAUAAAGACAACUCUAGCUUGAGACAAGAGCUUGAGGCCCUACGAGACGCUCUGGAGGUCGCGAAGAGAAGUGUACCUGUCAAUGGCGAACUAUCGAAUGGUACAGCCCCAGCGCAGUCCGUCGCAACUGGUCUCAUCAACCUGGUUUCUUCCAAGAAGCCAAAGCGUCGCAGCGCCGGCGCGGAACCUCGUGAUGUCGAUCGCUUCAGCGGCGCAUACAACCCUCGCCCUGUCUCGAUGGCAGUUACCAGCACCGCCCAUAGGCAGAAUCUUUCGGGAACGACGUUUAUUCCAGGCGUUGAUAAUAUCGAAAUGGAAUUGGAGACUCUGCUUGCCGAUGAGGAUGGAUUGAAUGAAGAAGUUACCAUGGGCUUGAUUCGCAACCUCAAGAUCCCGUCGCCAAACAGCAACCCACCGCCAUCUGACAAAGAAGUUCUCUUCCCGUCAUAUUUGAUCAACUUGGUCACUUCGGAAAUGUGGAACAAUGGAUAUGUCAAAGAAUCAGAACGAUUCCUAGCAAAUGUUAUGCAAUCUAUCCAGCAAGAAGUUAUGCAGCACGAUGGCGAUGAUGCUAUCAGCCCCGGCGCGUUCUGGCUUUCGAACGUCCACGAGAUGCUAUCUUUUGUUUUUCUGGCUGAGGACUGGUAUGAAACCCAGAAGACGGAUAACUACGAAUACGAUCGCCUCCUGGAGAUUGUCAAGCACGACCUUGAAAGCCUCGAAUUCAACAUUUACCAUACUUGGAUGAAGGUCCUCAAGAAGAAGCUUCAUAAGAUGAUCAUUCCUGCCAUCAUUGAAUCGCAGUCUCUGCCCGGCUUCAUUACAAGCGAGAGCAAUCGUUUUCUGGGUAAACUUCUGCAAUCAAACUCCCAACCAGCAUACAGCAUGGAUAACCUCCUGAGCCUGUUAAACAGCGUCUUCCGCGCAAUGAAGGCUUACUACCUGGAGGACACUAUUAUUACGCAGACUGUUACUGAACUUUUGCGUCUGGUUGGUGUUACUGCUUUCAACGACUUGUUGAUGAGGCGCAACUUCCUGUCUUGGAAGCGUGGUUUACAGAUCAACUACAAUAUCACCCGUAUUGAAGAGUGGUGCAAGAGCCAUGACAUGCCGGAAGGCACUUUGCAACUGGAACAUCUAAUGCAAGCUACCAAGUUGCUACAGCUAAAGAAGGCGACAUUAAAUGAUAUUGAGAUCAUUCAAGACAUUUGUUGGAUGCUGUCACCCAACCAGAUCCAGAAAUUGCUUAAUCAGUAUCUAGUUGCUGAUUACGAGCAACCCAUCAAUGGCGAGAUCAUGAAGGCUGUAGCAUCUCGUGUCACUGAGAAGAGCGAUGUUCUGCUCCUGCAAGCCGUUGACAUGGAUGACAGUGGGCCAUACGAGAUCGCUGAACCUCGCGCCAUUACUGCCCUGGAAACAUAUACACCUUCUUGGCUACAAACACCGCGCCUCAAGCGUCUUGCCGAGAUCGUGUCCGCGCAAGCCAUCGCCCAGCAGGAGAAGCUAGAGUACGGGGAUGGUGAUGAGUACAAUCGCCCUGCGAGCAUAGCUGAGGUUGAUGAGUUGGACGCCGGGGUGGAGCAAUGA